AUGUCCUACUUCGUUCGAGCCCAGUCGACUCCGGUUAAGAUCGCGAGGCCGCCGACCACUGAACCCGAAUCACCGAAACAGUCUGCAGGACAAACGCGAAAAGAUUCCGUUCAGAGACAAUGUAGAAAUAUAGUAAUCUAUGGACACUGUAAAUACCAGGACAAAGGCUGUAUCUACUACCACCCUCCGACAGAACCUGAACCGCCAGCCCAAGCCCCGCCCCCCAGUACUGGAGGCACACGCCCUGAAUCACCUGUUGUGACUGGCACUCUGUCAGCCCAGGCCGUCAAUGCUCCGGUGUUUGUGCCCAAAUCCGCCUCCGCCAUAGCUGCUGGGAUCGCUAGCGCUGCAUCAACCCCUGCAGCUACUACUGAUGGCUCAACCUACGAUGGCGCGUCCCAAUCUGAGAUGGGUUAUCAGGAGUAUGACCAGUCUGGCUAUGAGAACUACACUGAAGAUUCCCAAAUGGAAGGCGUCACCCAGAAAAUGGAGGAUCUCAGCACCCAGUACUAUGGCGAUUACAGCGACGCUGCUGCUGCUGCCGCAGCCGCGGCCUAUUAUGCGGCGGCCCCACCAGUCUUCCUUCGACAACCGCUCAACUACCACCUCUAUACGCCGACGGCCUAUCCUGAUUUCCAACCUUCUACCGUCAACACUCACUUCGUACCUCCUUCCGCCGAUUUGAGACAGACUCUUCAAGAACGGAGUGAGACCAUCCGAGGGAUCGCUCCUCCAGGCUUGAACCUCCCCGAGGAACUACAAGGCUAUCACACCUUGGUGCCGUUAGAACCCACAGGUCCCGGCACCGAGAGACGCAAGUUCGGGAACUGGUACUGCACAGUGUACCGGGCUAUCAAAGCUUCAGAUGGAUUGCCUUACGUCCUUCGAAGGAUCGAGAGCAAGUCCUUCUCUGAGCCUCAACGAUACGCCCCUUUACUUACAUCACUCGAUAGAUUAUCGCAUCCAGGGAUCGUCAGCCUCAAGGAAGCUUUCACGACCCGAUCAUUUGAUGAUAACUCUUUGGUCGUGGUCUAUGCGUACCACCCGAAUGCCAAGACGCUUUACGACACGUAUCUCAAGCAGAACAAACAAACAUCAAGUACUUCUACGACCACGGGAUCCACAGGUAGUCGCUUCGGGCGCUAUCAAAGUGGAACUACGCACUACACCCCACAGGCAAGCCCUGCCAUUGGUCAAGGGCCUGCCAUCCCUGAGCGAACAAUCUGGUCAUACAUCGUCCAGAUCGCCACUGCGAUCAAGCGGGUGCACGAGGCUGGCCAUGCCUUGCGAGGUCUCGACGCGAGCAAGGUCAUCAUCACUGGUCAGAACCGCAUUCGAAUUUCCGCCUGCGGCACAAUGGACGUCUUGAUGCACGACGUGCCGCAAGAUAUUCACCUGAUGCAGCAAGAAGAUUUAACGCAGUUUGGGAGGCUAAUCUUUGCUUUGUGCUGUGGAAGCACCAAUGCUUCGAGUGGACCCCAUUUCCAGAAGAGCGUGGAUCAUCUGCUACGAGUCUAUGGGCAAGAAAUUAAAAGUCUUGCUUUGUGGCUGAUCAGCAAGCAGACCAUGAAGAGUAUUGACCAGGUUUUGGAUAGCAUCAGGCAUCGUGUUCUUCUAGAACAAGAAGAGGCUUUACUCGCUGUCGACCGCCUUGAGGUUGAACUCCAGAGUGAACUGGAGAAUGCCCGCUUGGUUAGGUUGAUGACGAAGCUCGGGUUCAUCAAUGAGCGGCCAGAGUUUGCACGGGAGCCCCGAUGGUCAGAAACGGGUGACCGGUAUAUCAUCAAACUGUUCCGUGACUAUGUCUUCCAUCAAGUCGAUGAGCACGGCAAUCCUGUACUGGACAUGUCGCAUGUGUUGACAUGUCUGAACAAGUUGGACGCUGGGACGGACGAAAAGCUUAUGCUUGUUGCGCGGGAUGAACAGAGCUGUCUUGUGGUUAGCUAUAAGGAGGUCAAGAACUGCAUUGAGGGUGCUUUCGGGGAUCUCGCAAAGGCAGCAAUCGCAUCGCCAGCCGCGUACAAGCAUCGGUAACAGUCGUUUUCCCAUGAAUGCUCGUACUGUACAUUACCUGCCAGAAAAGCUUUAGAACUAGAAAAAGACUGGAAAAUAUAGGAAAUCAGGUUCUUCUU